AUGGGAUAUGAGUGUGUAAAGGGCUCCCGGGUUAAUAAACAAGAAGGUGAAGUCAAGCAUGUUCAACCUGAUCCCAAGACCAAAGCCUCUGUUUCCCAUCACAGUGUAAGUGAUCCUGAUCUUGCUGAGAAACUGACUGCCAUUGACAACAAGCUGACCAUCAUCAAAGGAUCUCCUUGCUACCACUCAGUCUACUGUUGGGACAUCCAUGCAAUCUCCAAGGAGACAGGAUCUAAUGUUUCAAAGAUAAGAGUUGCAAUUCUUAGACUGAAAGAAAACGCAGUAAAAGCAUUCAAGGAAGUACACGACAGGAUUGAUGGGGUGACAAUCUCAACCAAUGCCAGCUUUGAACAAUUGAAGGAGGGUGAAGAAGAAGAGGAGGAGGAAGAUGAUGAAGAUGAGGAAGACGAGGAUGAUGAUUGA